AACUUCUUUCCUACUCGUAUUUCCCUACAUAAUAAAUGCAUCGCAUUGAAAUAAAACUUGUUCGCACCAAAUCCCUAAAGGAAAACGGCUUAGACUGCGUUUCACUAAGCUUAGUUUCAACUUUACACUGCAAGAUUCAUGGAAGGAAAAUGCUAGCUUAGCACGAACGUACUGAGAAAUGUGCCACUUAACUAUGAUUUACCUUGUGCCGAAUUGGUUCUACCACUUCUACCUAUUUCUAUACAUACAUAUUAUACACUGAUCAUCGCAUCUUCCAGUAUCGUGUCGUAGUGUAUCUUUUAGAAAGACGCCUGUUAAAUUCAACAAAGCAAAGUCACAAUAAUGUUUUAAUGUAAUGAACUAUAUUUAUAGGAACACAAAUUUUAUUAAGAAUAGGUAAAUUACCUUAUUUUACGUACACAAUUACAGCAUCCAUAAAUUGAAAAUAAAAAUCAUGAAUUAAACGCCAUCUCUUGUCGAACAACAGAACUUUAUAGGUCACUAAAUGGCUAAAGCACGACUGCACAACGAACAGCGUUCAAGAAACUUCUGCUCCAGUCCGAAGUGUUCCAGAUACGUGGUCCUACCAGCUGUUCGUAUCGAUUUCCACAGUACCCGCAGACAAAUUCACUGCAACCACCACGGCCGCGGCCCACGGCUUUAAAACAAUAUGAAAUAAUACACAGAAACCUUAAUCAAACCAAAAAUGUUUAGUUUAGUUUACGUAACAAAAAACCAAGAAAUAAACCGAGUUUAAGCUAUCGACCGGUGUUUAGUUUUAGGUUAUGUUAUGAUGUGUAUUUAAAUACAAGUGUACCAUGUAAACAAAAAUAAUGGAGAAAUUGGGAAGUGGAUUGCACCGGAGGAAUUUUAUAAGCACGCACGCUGACGAUAUCCCCAUGGACACUAUCCGAUUGGUGUCACCUAUUAAUAGGCUUGCGUUAUUUCAAGGGAACUUUAUCAAUGACGAUGAGGAUGACUUUCCUGAGAAGCCGAGUAAAUUCAAGACCAAGGUGAUCAUAGGCUCGCUAGCGCUCCUCCUGGUUAUCGCGGCGUUCUGUGGCUUCAUCAUCAGCAACUCUAACGUCAAGAAACAGAGCUCCGAGCCCCCGGACCCGGUGGAGCCGUUGAAACCUUCGGCUUCUUGGCUACAUGUGUUCAAGAAAGCAGCAGUGUGUACUGACGCGCCUCCUUGUUCGGAAAUAGGAAGACAAAUCCUCGGCCAAAAUGGAUCAGCGGUGGACGCAGCGAUCGCCGCCAUGUUUUGCAACGGGUUCCUCAAUCAGCAGAGCAUGGGUCUCGGCGGCGGGUUCUUCAUGACAGUCUACAUCAGAGAUGAAGAGAAGGCGUACACCGUCAACGCGAGAGAAACAGCGCCUUUGGCCGCUACAAGAGAUAUGUUCAAAGGAGACGCUUCUAAAGCCUCUAAAGGACCUCUAGCAAUAGGAGUACCAGGAGAGCUCCGAGGAAUGUGGGCAGCACACAAACGGUGGGGCAAGCUGCCGUGGGCCGAGCUGAUCGCGCCCACCAUGGGAUUCUGCAGCUAUGGCUUCCAGGUAUCCAAGGUCAUGUUCGACGGACUGCUGGCCGCGCCGUAUAUAAAGAGUGACCCAAUAUUAAGAAAAAUGUAUGUGGACCCGUCAACCAACAACUUCUACAACCCAGGAACGAUAGUGAAGCCGAGCGAAGCCUUCUGCAAGACUCUUCGCCUCAUUGCCGAGAGGGGAGGCGACGAGCUCUACAACGGUAGCCUGGCUAAGGACUUCCUGGACGACCUGAAGAGAGUCGGCAGCAUCAUCUCCGCUGAGGAUCUGAGGAAUUAUGAGGCAAAAGUAUCAGAGACCAUCGACGUACGAUUAGAAAACGGGGAAAGACUACACGUGCCCCCACCGCCCAGCAGUGGGCUCAUCCUAGCCAACAUCCUGAACGUGCUGUCGGGGUACAACUUCGGGCCGCACAGCAUCAACACGACAGAGGACAAAAUCCUCACAUACCAUAGGAUUAUAGAGGCAUUUAAGUUCGCCUACGCGACGAGAACUAAGUUGGGAGAUGCUGCGUUUUUGCAGUUAGAUGAGUUAAUAAAAAACGUGACACAGCCCGAAUACGGGGCAGAAAUCCGCAGCAGAAUCAACGACUCAAUGACAAGCAAUGACUCCUCGAUAUACGGUGCGGAGGUGUACCAGCAACCUGAUGCUGGCACAGCUCACAUCUCUGUUAUAGCCAGUAAUGGAGACGCUGUGUCCGUCACCAGCUCUAUCAACUACUAUUACGGCUCCGGCUUCACGACCUUGAACACGGGCAUCGUAAUGAACAACGUGAUGGACGACUUCUCCUCUCCAGGCAUCACUAACUACUUCGGCCUGGAGCCUUCCCCGGCCAACUUCAUCGCGCCAGGAAAGAGACCUUUAUCUUCCAUGAGUCCUAGCAUUAUUUCUGAUACAGUAGGCAAUGCCAAAAUGGUGCUUGGAGCUUCUGGAGGCACUAAGAUAACCACAGCCGUUGCCUUGGUGGCCAUUCGCAAGCUAUGGUUCCAGCAGACGAUCAAAGAGGCAGUGGAUGAAGCGCGGAUACAUCAUCAAUUGCUGCCCAUGCAAGUGGAAUACGAGUUUGGAGUUACCGAGGGAAUCGUGAAUGGCCUAAAAGCGAAAGGCCACGUCAUGACCCGCUACCGCGGCCGCGGCUCAAUCGUGUGCGCCCUCUACAGGAACAAAACGGCAAUAUACGCCAACGCCGACUUCAGGAAAGGAGGCGAUGUUUCUGGUGACUAGAUCACACUUUUAAGUCCACAGUCGUACUGAAUCUCAUGCACCUACGAGUUAAAUUACUUAAAUAAGACUUGAAAUGAAUUAUUAGGCGUAAAUCAGUAAAAAAACAUGUCACUGUAAAAUAUAAUAUAUCCAUCUCUAAAGACCUGGGUCCUUGUUUCGCUAGUUUAACAACUACUUUGGGCCAUGUUCCUAAAUAUUUAAAUCAUUUUGUAAUUGUGUUAUCAUUAUUAAGCUACAUUCAAUACCUCACUCGUGAGCCUCAUAGGAGUUGUUAAGUGCGUGAAAUAGGUUCCAGUCUUUUCACUUAGAUAGGAAAGUAGCUUCCGUGCUCUGUGAUUAGGUACAUGCGAAUGAUGCGAAAACUUUUAUGACGAGCACUUGGUGUCGCAUUUAUUAGUUUUAGUAAGUUCGAAGUGGUACAGUCAGCAUCAAAAGUAGCGGAUGAAACAACGCGCCAAAAGUAUCUGAUAUUCUGAAUAACUUUUCCAAAUAUAGAUACAUUUUUAAAAUUCGCGCUCAAAAGUAUAUAUUUUACAGUCUUUGUUGUUCUAUAUUAAAGACAUCACUUUUUGUUAAGCUGUUACAGAAUGGUAGAUACUUAUGAAACGUUAUUUGAUCCGCUACUUUUGAUGCUGACUGUACCUACUAGAAAUAAGAGAGUGUUUACAUCUAACUUAAAGAUGCGUCCAGAUUGUUUCGUCCUUGACACAGUGAACAGUGAACUCAUGAUACGUUUCAUAGCGUUAUAAGGGUUAAAAUCCUUCAGUUAUGAACACCUAACAAUUUAGUGAAUGCUGUUAGAUAUAUAACAUUAUCUCUUAAUAGGUAACCGACAAGUUGUCGGCAGUGGAACCAACAUUGAGGCAUGUUAACUUAAUGAAAUAUAUAUACACUAUCGCAUCCGAUAUAAAGACAAAAAUCGAUAUGUCCCCAACCGUGACAGAGCUCAGACAAUAAUGUUUGCGGGCUCUAAACUAAACGAUUGUUAGAGGGCUCAAAUAUCACCUUAAGUCUAAAAUUGGUGAUUCAAUUUGCGAUUGACGCCAAUUUCUUUUCGGUUCAAAUCGGUCGUCUGGACUGGCCUUUACGUCACAAACCUAAUCGGGAUUAUCUAGAUACGAGUAUAUACUAGAAAACGGAUGAAAAUAGUUAAAAAUAAGAGAAAUGUACAGUGUUUACCGAUAGUUCUCAUAUUUUAAUAGUAUUAAUUAGUAAUUACUAUUUUUCUGGCUCAAAUUUAUCUAUAUCUCUAUCACAAUGCUUAAAGCAUAGUACAACACAAACAGCAAGCUCGGUUCUCCAUACAAACGUAGUUGUGAGCUCUGAUUCUACAAGUUCUACAACGACAAGCUAGAUUGGUCUGAAACUUACUUACAUAGGAUAAGAUAUACGAGUAGAUAUACAUAGAUAUGUGUAAUUAGUUGUUGUAGCUUCAGAUACCAUAGUUAAAAAAAUAUAAGUAGCGAAUUUAAUUUUUUAACACACAACCUGUUUUUGCUCUAUUUCGUUGGUUUUAUAAGCUGGAGCUAAGGUACGAGUAGAAGAACUAGUGCUCGACGCUGCACUAGUCACCGACAUGGGCACUGCAGCGUCGAGCACUAGUACCUCUACCUUAUAUAAACUCAUGUCAUGUCACUGUAUGUGCAAAGUUUCGUUAUAACCCAACACGUAGUUUUAAAAUGAGAACGAAACUCCGUUUGUAUGGAAGGUGAGAUUCGGCCGAGCUUGCUGCGGACUCUUAAAUAAAUUCCCUUGUUCUAAACGCAUCUGAGAAGACAACUGCUCCUGACGUUGCAUAUCCAUUCGUAAACCUUAUUGUAACGUUAUAAGGUCUAACAAUGGUAAUUUAUCUUACGUAACUCCUUGAGUCCCAGGCAACAUGCUAAAAGUAUCUCGAACCCGCCGCCAAAAUUGAUACAUAACGAAAAUAUAACGAGUAAAAGUUGUAUGUAACUUAUACUCGCUCUAAUUUCUUUGCAUUGGGUACAAUUUCUAGCAACAAAAACUCGUACCAGACAUAUAUAUACAAGGUGCCCACGAGGUAACCACUCAUUACUGAGGCCAAAGGAAGGAAUAAAUUUUAUAUGAGUUUAGGUCAAGUUCGCAGUUUUUUUUUGUUUUUUCUAUUUUUUGUAUGUAUAUGUGCAUAAAAUGUAAACGGUAUUUGUAAAACUGUAACUCAAAAAGAAUUUAAACUUUUUUUAAACCUAUUUUUUGCAAAGUGUUACUUGUCACGUUUUGACUAUCAAUAAGGAUAUUCGGACUAGGUGUCAUAGUGGCAACAUCGCCAUCAAAAAGGCGUUUUGCACUUAGUAACAAUAAAAAAAUGAUUUUUUUGUAAGUGGUUUUAACUCUGAAAAUAGGCAAAAUCCAAAAAAGUUUAUAGCACAUUUUAGUCUUUAAAUAUGAUCAGGAAUAUACUUACUGUUAAAAUCUCUCGCAAUGCUCACGGCCACCGUGUAUAUAUGCCAAAUAUGUGUUAUUUGAAUGUUCAUGACAAAUUUCAUGUUAUUUGUAUUUUAUUGUCAUUUUAAAAUGAAAUCUUAACUUCGAUUGUAUGGUAGCGGCCAAGUGCGUGUGACUCCUAAGAGGGAAGAAUAGCUUUGCGAUCCUAGCAAAUUAACGGUAUUUUUCUAUGAAAUUCUUUAAUAAAAAAUCGCAUAUAACCGAUUUGCAAAACCAAAGUGAUUUCAUAAGUGUUCCGUGAACAAAGUUUUGUACAGAACACUAAAAAUAAAAAAAAUAUGGAGAAUGGAAAAUAUUUAAAGAGGAAAAACGUUUUUUCUUUUUGUACGGACGAUCACGUGCUCUUUUCUCUUACGUCCCAAGGGUUAUAGUUAUGACAUCUCGUACAUUUUGUAUGAAAUAGCGCGUCAGUGGAACUCAGAGGGAACUACUCUGCCGACGCGAUAUCGCGUCCGCGGAACUCCAGGUAUUUACGCUGCGUUUCCAGGGAUGUGCUAGGAUGCGUAGCGUAGCGAGGGAUGUGUUUGUUGGACCAAUAGAAUAUUGUCAACUAGAUCUGCGCCGAGCGAGGAAGGGUAAUUAAGUGAUUUUAUUGGUUCCUAACAAAGUCAACCCUCGCUACGAAUCCUCGCUUGUCUCUGGUGGAAACGCAGCCUAAAAAUUGAUUUUCUUAGUUAUAAUACUUGUAUUGAUUUAUUGCUGUCGUGUCGUUAUUUAACGUUGUUGUAUUACCUAAGUAUUACAGUUUUCAAACGCCUGCUUAGUGACUUAGAGAAAUAAGUAAGCCGAGUGCUCAUUCCGUAUAUCAGGUUUCUUGCCAAAACGCUUAUUAUAUUCGUAGUCGACAUCUAGCGUCAAGUAGCGGAUUUAUCAGUACCGCUACUUGACAUUAGAUGUCACCAGUGUCGCGACAAAAAGUGUAUUGCUCAGCAAUUUACAACUAAUAUAACAAACAGGUGUUGAAAAUAGAGUUUCGGUUAUAAUAUUAGCUGAAAAUUAUUCGUAAUGUUGUUCGUCGCGACAUCCAUUGUUGAGUUGCGUUGCUACUAAUAAAUUAUUUUCGUAGUAGACAUCUAGCGUCAAAACGUUUUGGUAGGAAAAUUUAAGUAUUGAAUGAGCAUCCUAUACCUACUGACUUAUUUCUCUAUGUUAAUGAUGAAUAGUGUUUUAAAAUCAUAGAAACUAAAGAAAAAAAAAUUAAAACUUUAUUUUUAAAAAGCUACCCUAGUAGUUGUAUAAAUAUGUUCUGUUGAUGAAAGUGAGUUUGUUUCUAGACAAAAUGAAUUUGUAUGAAUUAUGCGCCUUAUUUCUUUCAAUGACAACUUUGUCACAACCCUAUAAUGACAAAUUGUGAUAUUAUUGUAUGAAAAAUCUAUAUUUAAAAUAGGUAUACUUAGGCACACCCAUUUUGUCAGCAGAAAAAGGCGGCAAAUGAAAAAAAAAUUAGGCGCGAAGACUUAAAUUCAAUUUUGCGUGUUAUGACACUUAUUAUGACUCCAUCAAGCUUUUGACGAUUCUGCUAAUGUCGAGAAUAUUUGAAUUUCGUGCCUUUUUCUACUGACAAAGUGAGUGUGACUGAGUAUAGCUACACCGCAAAGAAAAAAAACCUCUAAGGAAGAUUUUUCUGAAAUGAAUGAUUAUACUCUUUGGUAUACUUGUAUAAUUCGAUAGGUACUAAUGACAAAAAUAUCUAAAUUAUAAAUGUUAUUACAUGAUGUCCAAUUUGAAAAGUAUUAAUAAAACCUCUUUUUACGUCAUAA